GUGGCGGCUCCCCGAUCGCGUCCCGACGCGGCCACCCGCGGGGAGGAGGGCCGCAGCCUCGGGGCAAGCUGCCGCCCCGCCGGCUUUUAUUUCGGAGAAGCUGCGUGGCCGAGGCUGUGCCGGCUGGCAGCCGGGUGAGCCCGGGGAAGGCGGGACCCGCGGGGCACAGACGUCGGCCAUGCCCGGCCCGCAGCUGCCCGCACGGGUCUCCCGCCCGCCGCCCCCCGCGCGCGGCCGCCUGCAGCCGCAGUGAGCAGGAAGGAGCGGCGGAGGCCGAGGCUGCGCCGGAGGAAGACGAGGAGGAGGAGGAGGAGGAGGACGAGGAGGAGGAGGCGCCGCCCCCCGGGCGUGCUCCGCCCCGCGACGGCCUCCGCGGGACCCAUGGCCGAGUCCUCGCCCGUGCGGGCCCUGCGGGAAGGGCCGCGCUCGCGCUCGGGCUCCGAGUCGGAGGAGGCCGAGCUGUCGCUGAGCCUGGCCCGCACCAAGACCCGCUCGUACGGCAGCACGGCCAGCGUGCGGGCCCCGCUGGGCGCCGGCGUCAUCGAGCGCCAUGUGGAGCACCGCGUCCGCGCCGGCGACACGCUGCAGGGCAUCGCGCUCAAGUACGGAGUCACGAUGGAGCAGAUUAAAAGGGCAAAUAAACUGUUUACCAAUGACUGUAUAUUUCUGAAGAAAACUUUGAACAUCCCAGUCAUAUCAGAGAAGCCUUUGCUUUUUAAUGGACUCAACUCAAUCGAUUCUCCGGAAAAUGAAACUGUUGAUAGUGUCUCGCAUGAAGAUGUGCCCGUGGUAGCCGAGGAUGAGGACCUGUCUCCCCCUAGUCCCCCCGAAUCCAGUAUCCAGCCUGUGCAGCCGGAGGAGGUGUCAGCACGAGACUUCCUCCAGAGACUGGACCUACAGAUCAAGUUAUCAACACAGGCAGCCAAGAAACUAAAAGAAGAGAGCAGAGAGGAAGAAAGUCCUUACGCAGCUUCCCUAUAUCAUAAUUAGGUGAUCAGAGGGCGCUCGGACACCUGGAUUAAAAGGCUCUUGGAAGCAAUGACUGAAGAUUCAAAGCAUCCCUUUUGGAUUGUCAUCGAGCCCAGUUUUAAAUGACAAUUAUGUUCGACCUACAGCACUUGCACUGAUGCUGACGUGUGUUCAGUUCACCCUGGCUGUCUGUCCUUCUAGUCUCUUCCGGCAUGGCAUUUUGGAGGUGGCGGUAGUUUUUAGACUAGCUUUUGUAAAUACUAGCUGACAUCAACAUCAGACUAUUUACAUAUUGAAGCCGAAAGCGGUGUUUAUCUCUUGAGAAAUGCUAAUUCUGUGAGAAUACGGUUGCUGUUGGAGUGUAGACUUUGCUCUUGUUUUUAUCUUAAGUGCUAUAUAUAUAUAUAUAUUUCGAUAUGUAUUACCUAUUCUGUAUUAAUAUGAAGAACCGAAUUUUGUCUGCUAUUUUGUAAAAAUAAACUACAAAAGUCUGAACAAGAAAAUAAACUAUGUUUUCAUAUUAGAGCUUUGGUUUUUUUCCAAUGAAUGGGAUUGUGUUUUUAAACUACUAUUAAAUAAUUUACUGGUUUUUAUUAUAAUUGCACUUUUGAAAAGUUUCAAUAAUCAAAAGCUAAUUCGUUACAGUAACCGUAAAGCUUGGCAUUUUCACAUUUGAUCUAAUGUGGCUCAGAUAGGAUGAAAACAUGGAAUCUGAUCAAAAGAAGCAAUAAAACAAUAUCAUAAUUUGACACAUAGGUGAUUUCUAGUUUAGAAUUCACUGAUAAAUCACUGUAUAGCAUUCUGUAAUCACUGCUCAUUGGAGAAUUUGGUUUUUAUUCAUAUAAUAAGAAUUGUCUUUUGUUAUAUGUAGUUAUAGUAAUAAACAUGAAGCAAUAUCUUA